AUGCUUCUUCGAUUUCUUCAGCUAUGGAUGAUGCUCUGCUUUGCUAGUGUCUCCUGUGCUGCACGGCAAGACCCAUUUGUUAUGCGCAUAAGCUGUGGGGCUCUACAAAAUGUUCAAACAAGACCAACCAAUACCCAUUGGCGUGAAGAUUUUGGAUAUACGGGUGGCAUAGUCGCUAAUGCAACUCCUCCAAGCUACAUCACCCCACCACUCAACACUCUACGCCAUUUCCCUUUCUCUGAAGGUCCACAAAAUUGUUACAUCAUUGAUAAGGUGCCAAAGGGUCAGUACUCCAUCAGAGUCUUCUUUGGACUUGUUGGUCAGUCUAGAGGUACCAUUAUUGAGCCUCUAUUUGACAUUUCUAUCGAAGGCACGCAGAUAUAUUCUUUGAAAUCAGGUUGGACUGAUCAGGCUGAUCGAGUAUUUACUGAGGCGCUAGUGUUUCUUACAGAUGACUCUGUAUCAAUCUGUUUCCAUAGCACUGGUCAUGGGGACCCAGCUAUCCUUUCUAUCGAGAUUCUUCAACUUGAUGAUAAGGCUUAUUAUUUUGUUCCCCGAUGGAGUCAAGGGUUAAUACUUAGAACAGUUAAAAGACUGAGUUGUGGUUUUGGGCAGUCAAAGUUUGACGUAGAUUAUGCAGGGGAUCCCUGGGGAGGGGACAGAUUUUGGCAACGGAUUAAAACUUUUGGUGAGGGUUCUGAAUCUGAUCAACCUAGAUCAGUUGAAACUAGAAUUAAACAUGCUUCACAUCCGCCAAACUUCUAUCCAGAAACCCUUUACCAGUCAGCACUUGUUAGUACUAAUAAUCAGCCUGAUUUAACAUAUACAUUAGAGGUGGAUCCCAACAGAAACUAUUCUGUUUGGUUACAUUUUGCGGAGAUUGAUUAUUCGGUGACUGCUGCGGGGCAAAGGAUCUUUGAUAUUAAAAUAAAUGAAUAUCUUGCUUUCGAAGAUGUUGACAUUGUAGAAUUGAGUGGGGAUCUCUAUACUGCCCUUGUGCUUAAUACCACUGUUGCUGUUAAUGGGAGGACUCUAACAAUAACAUUGAAACCAAAGGAAGGUAAUCUCGCCAUAAUCAAUGCUAUUGAAAUAUUCGAGGUUAUAAUGGCCGAGUCAAAAACUAUAUCAGAGGAAGUUAGUGCUUUACAAACAUUGAAGAAGGCAUUGGGGCUUCCACCCAGAUUUGGGUGGAAUGGUGAUCCGUGUGUUCCUCAACAACAUCCAUGGAAUGGAGUGGAUUGCCAAUUAAACAAAAGUCGUGGCAGCUGGGUCAUUGAUGGACUUGGUCUUGACAAUCAAGGUCUGAAAGGUUUCUUGCCAGAUGACAUAUCCAGACUACUAAAUCUACAAAUCCUAAACUUGAGUAGGAACAACAUCCAUGGAGCGAUUCCAUCUUCACUUGGUACAAUAAAUAGACUGCAAGUGCUUGACCUAUCCUACAACUUUUUCAAUGGAUCAAUUCCGGAAAGCCUUGGACAGUUGACUUCAUUACAAAGACUGAACCUUAACAGCAACCUCCUAUCUGAAAGGGUCCCAGCAACUCUAGGAGGAAGACUUCUGUACAGAGCUAGCUUCAAUUUUACGGACAACGCAGGUCUGUGUGGUAUACCGGGAUUACCUACAUGUGGAUCUCAUCUUUCUGCCGGUGGUAAAAUUAGCAUUGGAUUAGGGGCUUCAUUCACAUUUUUCCUUCUUAUUACCUGUUCAGUUUGUUGCUGGAAAAGGCGACAAAAUAUACUCCGAGCUCAGCAAAUUGCAG